AUGAACACCGAGGAGCAGUAUUACGCCUCGGCGCAGCUCUACAAGGAGUCGUGCGCGUUUCAGAGAGCCCAAGCGCAGGACUACAACCCCAGCCCCCCCGCCUGCCUGUACAUGGGCAGGCAGCAACAGACUCCCUAUUCCAGCGCCUUAGGGGCUCUCGAGCAAGGCAGCCCUCCAGACAUUUCACCUUACGAGGUGCCCCCCAUCACUGAGGAUGCCGGGGUCUCCCACCUUCAUCACCAUCAUCACCACCACCCUCAUCUUCCUCCUCCCCACCAGGACGCGCUGCCUUUCGCAGACGGGGCGGACACGGGGGCCGUAGAGGAGCCCCGAGUGCAGGUGCCUUUCGCCUGGAUGAAGUCCACCAAGUCGCACGCCUGGAAGGGACAGUGGACCGGUGGAUCCUACAUGGUGGAACCGGAGGAGAACAAGCGGACGAGGACGGCGUACACGCGGGCGCAGCUGCUGGAGCUGGAGAAGGAGUUUCUCUUCAACAAGUACAUCUCCAGGCCGCGGCGCGUGGAGCUGGCUGUCAUGUUGAACUUGACCGAGAGGCACAUCAAGAUCUGGUUCCAGAACCGGCGGAUGAAGUGGAAGAAAGAAGAAGACAAAAAGCGAGGGGCGGGCAACAGCAAUGACCCCGAGCAAGACUGCGUUGUGUCCUCCGGGGAGCUGCAGACCAAGGAGGAUCUCCAGCCGUGUCCCGCCGGGAACCUUCCCUCGGGAGCCUCCAGGGACCUUCUCGCCCCAAGCCUAGUGGCCAGAAGGCAGCAGGACUCUCGGUGA